GCAUCAUUGAGACCAUCUUUACGGCACUUAUUAGUAUCGUAGGGAUUCCUGCUAACUUUCUCUUGUUCUUGACUUUAGUAUACAACAAGAGGUUCCGCAAGCCCUUACAUAUAAUGUUGUGCUCAAUUUCUGUAUUCGACUUCUGUACAGUCUGUGUGAGUUCUCUGUACCCUUAUUCCAUUAUGAAAAAUAAGUGGGACCUCGGCAAGGUGUUGUGUGAUACAGUUGCUCUCAUUCAAGCCUCUUGCAUAUCCUUAACCUUAAUGACUCAUGCAUUGGUGGCUGUCAAUUGUUAUCUCAAGUCCAAGUUUAGAUCAAACCUCGCUCAAAUUCUUACUGGCUCUCGUGCUGUUAUCAUCAGCCUUUUGGUAAACGUUGUGUUGGUUGGCCUUGUCGUUGUUCUCCCUCAUUUAAUAGGCUAUGUCCAAGCUGAUUAUGCCCCUAUGCUAGGUCUUUGUGUCAGUGCAUGGACCGCUGAUGUUGUUCAAAAUAUUGAGACACAGAUUUAUAUUCAUUUCACAAUCUGUUCAAUAGUUCCCUACGUAAUUUGUAUUUUUGCAUAUGCUAGAGUUCUUGUUAUCAUUGGAGAACGUCAGAAUACAUUUGAAAAUGAGAUCAUAAAGCGUCAGUUUGUGAACGCGUGUAAGAGAAUGGGCAUCUUAUUCAUUGCAUUUACGAUCUGUUAUCUCCCCUUCACCAUCUAUACUCUUGUCGAUCCUUAUCUUAGCACUAUCCCCACAUGGGCCAUCCGUAUCUUGCUCAUAAUCUUUCAUAGCCACGUUGUGGUGAAUCCUCUUAUUUGUUUGAUCUCAAUGUCAGAUAUUAAUGAGGGCCUACGCCAUAUGUUGACACGUGCACCACGAGUGAAGAGUUUUUCUUCUUUUUCAUCUACUCAACGACAUCUCUCAAAAGAACAGAAAUGCAAGUCAACGACUGUGGCAAAAGUUACCUACUCCAACUCUAGUGUGGCGUCCGACAAGGCCACUGGAGCAGACCGUAUGAACUCUUGGAUGUAAAGGACUGAGAAUCUUGGUUAUGAGGGGAAAUAUAUAACUAUAACAAUAUGUUUAUUCUUGGAUAUGAGAUGAACUAUGACUUGGUUCUCGUAUUUGAGGGCAG